UUAGACUCUCUCCUCCCGGUUCCCCAGCUCUCCGGCUGGCUCCCGGGCUCCCGGGCUCCCAGGCUCUCCGCGCCCGGCGGCGCCGGAGCCCUUCCUCUCCGCUUAAGCGAGGCGAGCCGGCCGGCGGCAGGCCACAGGCCGCAGGAGGCGGUGUCGCGGAAUCCGCUGGCAGUCCGCAGCCCCGCAGAGCCUGGAGGCCGCCCUGAUGGAGCCGUGGCUCCCGAUCCGAGCUCAGCCCCUGGCUAUGGUGGCGGGUUUGGAGAUAAAAGGUCCCCUUCGAGAGCCCUGCGUCCUGACCCUAGCCCAGAGGAAUGGACAAUUUGAGUUAAUAAUCCAGCUGCAUGGGAAGGAACAGCAUGUUCAAGAUAUCAUUCCUAUAAAUAGCCACUUCAGAUGUGUUCAAGAAGCGGAAGAAACUCUUUUGAUUGAUAUUGCUUCAAACAGUGGCUGCAAAAUUCGGGUACAGGGAGACUGGACCAGAGAGCGCCACUUUGAAAUUCCUGAUGAAGAAUGCUGUUUGAAGUUCCUCUCAGAGGUCCUUGGCGCUCAGGAAGCUCAGUCACAACUUCUUGUUCUGGAACAAAAAGACUCAUCUAGCUGGUACCGGAAAUUAGACACUAAGGAUAAACCUGCUAAUCCAGGGCUACUUGGAUUUGAGGAUAAUUUCUCAUCUAUGAAUUUAGAUAAAAAAAUGAAUACACAGAAUCCUCCCCCAGGGAUUCUUCGGGAGCCACCCCCUCCACCUUCUUCAUCAAAUAGAAUACUUCCACGUGAAAAGGAAGCUUCAAACAAAGAACAACCCAAAGUGACCAAUACCAUGCGAAAGCUCUUUGUACCAAACACCCAGUCGGGGCAGCGAGAGGGUCUCAUCAAACAUAUCCUCACAAAGCGAGAGAAAGAAUUUGUCAACAUCCAGUCUUUCAGGUUUGUCUGUUUUCUACUCAAUGUGAAUGGCCAGUCUCCAGACAGCAGCUUGGAACCUUGGCUCAACUGUGAUCCAAAUCCUCCUGAUAUUUACUGCAUUGGAUUCCAAGAGCUGGACUUGAGCACAGAAGCCUUUUUCUACUUCGAGUCUAUAAAAGAGCAAGAGUGGUCCAUGGCUGUGGAAAGGGGGCUGCCUUCGAAGGCCAAGUAUAAAAGAGUUCAACUGGUCCGCCUUGUGGGAAUGAUGCUUCUUGUAUUUGCCAAAAAAGAUCAGUGUCAAUAUAUCCGAGAUAUUGCUACAGAAACAGUUGGAACUGGAAUCAUGGGGAAAAUGGGAAACAAAGGUGGAGUAGCUAUGAGAUUUGUAUUCCACAACACCACCUUCUGCAUUGUCAAUUCCCACCUGGCCGCCCACGUGGAAGAGUUUGAACGAAGGAAUCAGGAUUAUAAAGACAUCUGUGCAAGAAUGAGUUUUUCAGUCCCCAGUCAGACUGUCCCACAAGUGAACAUCAUGAAGCAUGACGUUGUCAUUUGGUUGGGAGACUUGAACUACAGACUUUGCAUGCCUGAUGCCAAUGAGGUGAAAAAUCUUAUUAAUAAAAAUGACCUUCAGAAGCUGUUGAAAUUCGACCAGUUAAACAUUCAGCGCACACAGAAGAAAGCUUUUGCGGAUUUCAAUGAAGGGGAAAUCAACUUUAUUCCCACUUACAAAUAUGAUUCUAAAACUGACAGAUGGGAUUCCAGUGGGAAAUGCCGAGUUCCAGCCUGGUGUGACCGAAUUCUUUGGAGAGGAAUAAAUGUUAAUCAACUUCAUUACCGGAGUCACAUGGAACUCAAAACUAGUGACCACAAACCUGUUAGCGCCCUGUUCCAUAUUGGGGUGAAGGUUGUGGAUGAACGGAGGUAUCGGAAGGUCUUUGAAGAUAUUGUACGCAUUAUGGACAGAAUGGAAAAUGACUUCCUUCCUUCAUUAGACCUUAGCAGGAGAGAGUUUAUGUUUGAGAAUGUGAAGUUUCGGCAGCUGCAAAAGGAGAAGUUCCAGAUCAGCAACAAUGGACAGGUUCCCUGCCAUUUUUCUUUCAUCCCUAAGCUUAAUGACAGCCAAUACUGCAAGCCAUGGCUUCGAGCUGAACCUUUUGAGGGCUACUUGGAGCCAAACGAGACAAUAGACAUUUCCCUUGAUGUAUAUGUCAGCAAAGACACUGUAACCAUCCUGAACUCCGGUGAAGAUAAGAUUGAAGAUAUUCUUGUCCUCCAUUUGGAUCGAGGAAAAGAUUACUUCUUGACCAUCAGUGGGAAUUACCUUCCAAGUUGCUUUGGAACCUCAUUGGAGGCUUUGUGCCGAAUGAAAAGACCAAUCCGAGAAGUUCCUGUCACCAAACUCAUAGACUUGGAAGAAGACAGCUUCCUAGAAAAGGAGGACUUGUUCCAAACCCCUGGAAUGCAGGAGGAGUUACAACAGAUCAUUGAUUGUCUGGAUACAAGCAUUCCUGAGAAAAUUCCUGGUAGUAACCAUUCUGUGGCUGAAGCACUGCUCAUUUUCCUGGAAGCCCUGCCAGAGCCGGUUAUCUGUUAUGAGCUGUAUCAGCGAUGUCUUGACUCUGCUCAUGAUCCUCGGAUCUGCAAACAGGUAAUUUCCCAGCUUCCAAGGUGCCAUAGGAAUGUUUUCCGCUACUUGAUGGCAUUUCUUCGUGAACUCUUAAAAUUCUCUGAUUCCAACCAUGUCAGCACCAACAUGAUCGCUACCCUGUUCACUAGCCUCCUCCUAAGGCCUCCACCAAACCUCAUGGCAAGACAGAACUCCAAUGACCGGCAGCGCGCCACCCAGUUUCUUUUGGUUUUCCUGCUUGGGAACGAGGAAGACUAAGUCUUUCCCAUCUGAGAUUCCAGAGGGCGAUCUUGGGCUCCGAGUAUUUCAGAGUGAUUUGAGAA